AUGCUCAUGAGCUGGUCUCCAGAGGAAUGCAGGACGGGGGAGCCCACGGGUGACAGACACACCCUCUGUGCCAGGCUGGUGGAGAAGCCCCAGAGAGGGUCUGAGGAGUGCCCUCAGUCUGGCCCGGGACCCAUUGUCACCCGCACAGCUUCAGGACCUGCCCUUGCCCUCUGGCAGGCCACACUGGCUGGGGACGUGGGCUCUGUCUCCCGCGUCCUCGCUGACUCCAGCCCUGCCUUAGCUCCUGAUACCGUCUUUGAUACCAGCGACCCAGAGCGGUGGAGAGACUUCCGCUUCAACAUCCGUGCUCUGAGACUCUGGUCUCUGACCUAUGAGGAGGAGCUGACCACUCCCCUGCACGUGGCGGCCAGCCGGGGUCACACAGAAGUUCUGCGGCUGCUGCUGAGGCGACGGGCAAGGCCCAACAGUGCCCCGGGGGGCCGCACCGCCCUGCAUGAGGCCUGUGCCGCAGGUCACGCCGCCUGUGUCCAUGUGCUGCUGGUGGCAGGAGCAGACCCCAACAUCCCUGACCAGGAUGGGAAACGUCCCUUACAUCUCUGCCGGGGGGCUGGCACCCUUGAGUGUGUGGAGCUUCUCCUGAAGUUUGGGGCAACAGUGGACAGUCAGACUGAGGAUGAAGAGGAGACCCCUUUGCACAUAGCUGCCCGACUUGGCCAUGUGGAAUUGGCUGACCUGCUUCUAAGAUGGGGCGCGUGUCCCAAUGCCCAGAAUGCUGAGGGCUGGACACCGCUGCUUGUCGCCUGUGACUGGCGCUGCCAGUCCUCUGAGGAGGCUGAGGCCACCACUGCCCGCUGUUUGCAGCUGUGCCGCUUGCUGUUGGCCGCUGGGGCCGACGCAGAUGCCGCCAACCGGGACAAGCAGCGACCCCUGCACCUGGCCUGUCGCCGAGGCCAUUCGUCCGUUGUGGAGCUGCUCCUGUCUUGUGGCGUCAGCGCUAACACCAUGGACUAUGGGGGACACACAGCCCUGCACUGCGCCCUGCAGGGCCCAGCUACGGCCCUGGCCCAGAGCCCCGAGCACGUGGUGCGAGCUCUACUCAACCACGGCGCUGUGAGAGUCUGGCCAGGAGCCCUACCCAAGGUGCUGGAGCGCUGGAGCUCAUCCCCACGCACCAUCGAGGUCCUGAUGAACACCUACAGCGUGGUGCAGCUGCCGGAGGAGGCCAUGGGCUUGGUGCCUCCCGACGUCCUGCAGAGGCACCAGCGUUUCUACUCAUCCCUCUUCGCCCUGGCAAGGCAGCCCCGCUCCCUGCAGCACCUGAGCCGCUGCGCGCUGCGCGCCCACCUGGAGGGCUGCCUGCCCCGCGCGCUGCCUCAGCUUCCCCUACCGCCCCGUCUGCGCCGAUACCUGCAGCUUGACUUCGAGGAUGUGCUUUACUAG